AUGGCUGGGGCGAGUAUCGAGGUGCUGGACAGGGACUUCAGGACACCUCUGGUCGUAGCCAACCGUGACAUAAGCAUGCGUAGCCUCGGCAGUCGUCCAAGGAAAGAAAAGCCCGCCGCUAUAGUUGCCCUGUUGAAGCAUGGGGCCAACGCGAACUUGAAGUUGCUCGGCGAUCCACUCUUGUUGCGCGCAGCGUAUUUCAUCUCCGUUCCAGCAGCGGAAGCCCUCCUCGCCGCUGGUGCGGAGGUGAACAUUUUCAGUGACCACGUCAAGAAUUUCACGCCGCAGCAUGUGCCCACGAAGUACGACCACCCUGGCGUGCUGACGGCAGCACUCCCAAAUGCGGUGGACACGGAGAUACGAAGAAUACAUGGCUGGACUCCGUUGCACGAAGCCGCGGAACGUGGGCAUGUGAACUCGAUCGAUGCACUCGUCGAUAGAGGCGCUAAGGUUGAUGUUCAAGAUCUGCGCGGCUGUACACCUCUUCAUAUUGCGUGUAAGAAGCUAAAGUGCUCAGCGAUACAUACCCUCCUGAGAAGUGGCGCGGACAUCCAAGCGUUGGACAACAGCCAAUACUCUCCCCUUCACUGCCCAGUGUGCCGCAUCAAGCAUCGGUAUUCAGUAUGCGACCUGGCUCACUCAGUCAACCUUUUGUUGAGAUGGGGUGCUGAUGACAACGUGGUAAACUCGUAUGGCAAAACCGUUGGAGAGGUUUUGCAAGGGUACUCAGCCAAUCUUUCUAGGUUCCGGAACUCGAUGCUCGUUCGACUCCUGCUAUCGAAGGCGCCGCAGGAUAAAGCGUGGCGUCGACGCGGCUGGCUAGUCUUGUGUCGCACCAGACCCAGCAGGGUAUGGCUGAAAUCGAAGCACGAAGGAGCAAGUUCUAGGAGGUCGACACGGAACGUUCGAGCGCGGGAUGUCGGUGUUUGGGCAAGGUUCGACGCUGGGGCGACGCCCCAGCAGGGAGCAGCGGGGGGCAUUAUGGCGCCCACGGAGAGCGAUGCUACUGCUGGUGGCUUGCACGUGAGGAAGUUGGGGAUUUAA